AUGCCUUCCGUCGAAGGUGAAGAAAAUGGCGAGGAGGAGGUAGAGAGAAGUCCUAAUGAGGACGAAAACAUGAGUGAAGACGAGGAUGAAGAGAGUAGCUUGAGCUCGGACGAGUCAUCCUCCGAGUCGAGCAGUUAGUGUUUUCAAUUUUCCGCGCUUUUUUUUUCGUCUCAUAAUUUCGUCUGCCUUCCUGUUAGUUUUAGUAUGGUCUUAAUGAUUCUUUUUUAUUUAGUUGACGAGACAGAGAAUGAGAGAAGAAGAAAUGAGUGUCUGAACGAUAUGGCUGACUUGGAAAGACAGUUUAGCGACCUCAAAGAGCAGUUAGUAUCAACAUUUCAUAUAAUUCUAAUACUUUAAUCCAUUCUGUCAGGCGAUAUGCAAUUUUCUUCUUCAAUUUACAAUUUUUUUUUCAGGCUUUACCGAGAGCGCAUUAGCCAAGUUGAAAAGAAGCUAGGCGAAGUUACUGCAGGCAAGUGCAGAAUGUAAAUUUAGUUUUCUCUAGGGUGGGCAGGGGUAGGUGGCUGUUAAGUCAUUCAGUCCCCUGACCUUGCUUUCCCUGUCGGGAGGUGGGGCGUACUUAACAAAGUUUUAUAUGGGAAAGCUCCGCCCCAACGUCCACCCCCUUACCAGGGUUUUCAAUAAGACCUGGCUGUCGGCAAAUUCGCUUUUCAAUUUAUCCUCUUGAUUAGCCUUGUCAAUAACCACAAGAUUUGGGCGGAUAUCAUCUAUUAUGUCAACAAUAGAUACAAUGAUAGAAUGCUUGACACUGAAAUAAAGUUUUACUACUACUACUACUACUACUACUACUACUACUACUACUACUACUACUACUACUAAUAAUAAUAAUAAUAAUACUAAUAAUUCAAAAUCAAUGGUGUCAAUCAAUUGGCUGGUUUGUAGCAGAUGUUCCUACAGUUAUGUUGGUUGAUAUGUCCCUCUGCUAGGAAUUAAACUUUUUUCAAUAACAAGCAGAGCUUGAUUAAUAAUUCCUGUCGUAAUUUGUCUCUUAUUACAGAAUGUGCUAUGGAGUAUACAGGACCAGUAAAUGAGCUUAAGGAAAUGUGUGAGAUAAGAAUAGAAGUGGCCGGGAUUUUACGUGACUGCAGGGUGAGUUAUAGCUUACUUCCUUGUUCAAAAGACAAUCAAGAGUUCUCUUGGAUAAGGUACAUUGGUCUCGGAAGGCAGCCAUUUAAUCCUAUUGUGCUGUCACCAAAUCAGUAUACUGCACUAGAUACAUGUAAGUUUUAAAUGCCGUGUUAAAAUAUUUUUACAUUUUAAGUGGCAUUGUUAUUUUGUGGAUCACUGAAAUUUGGUGAAGAUACACUGCAGAUAGAGAUGGAUUCUUUUCUCUGAAACAUUGUGUUAUUCAUUUUUCUUUUUCAACAAGCUGUGUGAAAUUGUUGUUUCAGUUAGGGAAUGUGAAACACAAAUAUGACGCAGAUGAACAAGCAGCCAUUCAGCACUUUGAGGUGAGUCAAGUUUACAAAAUAAGUUUCAUCAAGAUCUCAUCUAGUUCUCCUUUGUAGUUGUACACCAUUCUAAAAAUCCCAUGGGUGGUACUGGUCCCUUUAUGAUGGAAACACUGCACUAAUGAUUGAGGCAAAGAAAGUUCCCUCCUAAUUACUUAUCUAUUUGCUUUCUUACUGCAGAGUGAAAAGCUGGCUCUAAUGGAAAGUAUGAAGCAAGAACUAGAGGAAAAAAUAAGGAAGUUAGAAGAAGAUAAACAAAAUAUGGACAUAUCAGCUGGUAAUGUUAUACAUAACAUUUGAAGGAUUGCACAUGUAUCCCUAAUGAUCAUAGUGGUUCUCAAAUACCAACAUACUCACUUUCUUCUAGUUAAUCGCCCUCUAGAUAGUUUAAAAUAAUAAAGUCAGCACACCUUUUUACACAACCCUGUAAGUAGUUUGAAAGUCUUCUGAUUGGUUGCCCACUGGUAUUUACUACAAUAUUUGUAAGAAUAUUACCAUGAAUCAUUGUGAACCUUAAUAAUAAUUAUUUUUUUUAUUAUAUAGACAUAUGGCUUGAGUCACAGUCACUGAACAAGAAACACAGAAAAUCAUCUGAUGGAUCAAUGAUUUCUGAUAAAAGAAGGAAGCCAGUCACAGUUACAGAUAUCCUUUUUCUCCAGUAUUUUCUGUUUAUUCCUUUGAGUUACUGUAUAAUACGGACAUCUGUUCCUUACCAUUACUACACUCCAAUUUGUUUUCUAAGGUACAAAACUGAUACAUGUAGGUUGGUCCCAAAUCUUUUAUGCAAGACACACUCAGCAUACUACUUGAUGUACUAUAUUCCCGACUUCUCUUUGUGCAGCUCCCUGGUGUUGUCAGCCUUCAGGUUAUGACAUAUGAUAAACAGAAAAAACUUAUGUGGUAGUAUAUUUCCUUGACCAUGUGUAAGUCCAUAUAUUGUUUAUAUGUUAAGAGAAAUGGACAUUCUUGAAGACUGGGCAGCUAUCAGAAAGGUAUAUGUGUAGUUGGAUCAAUUUCAUCACCAGUUUUAGGUUUAAAAAGCUAAAAUUAAUUACAAACAAUUUCUUUGUUUUUACUCUCCAUAGGCCAAAGGAGCUUUGGCAAGAAGAAGGCAAAAUAGUAAGACAUGGUUAAAUUAUUGGUUCAAACUUCAUAGCUGUUCUAUCUUUACUCUUGCCAAGAAAAAAUUGUUGGAAAUUAUGCUGGAGAGGGUGUUUCAAACGAAAGCCUUGGGAACCUUUUGUCCUCCUAUAUGAUCACUGGGAUGAAACUGUAACACAGUUAAUCCUAUCAGUAUGUUCUCCUUUCUUGUUUUAGCUCUCUCAUAUCCCUAAAUGCAAUAAUGGUAUUAUUAUUAUUUAUAGUGUUAUAAUUUUUCUUUUGUUUUUGUAUCUGUAGGUGGUUGCCAAUUAGAGAAUAGUCCUUUUAGUGCAAGAUAUGAAGAUGGAAAACUGUAUUACGAAGGAGAGUGGUAUGUGGCCUAAAGUGAACUGUUAUUUACCAAGAGCUGAAUGAAUAAGGGUUAGGGUUAAGGUUAAUAAUAGUUAUUAGUGUCAGCAAUGUCUUUCUACCCAUUCAAAACACAAGACUAAGUACAAUAUAUCAUUGCAAAAUAGAGAAAUUGCAUUAAUCUAGAGUGUUUUGAUUCACUUUUGUCUCAAAGGUUCCACAAAGGUGAUCAUAUACUGAUAGAAAGCAGAAAUGAUACCCACUCCAGGUUUGUAAGAAAUUAAAUGUUACUGUCUUCUCAGCUGUGAGUCAGCUGUGGAAAGUCUUUUCUUCAUUUUUACUUGUUAGCAGUUUCAAGUCAAUAUUUGCUGUUGUAAGUGUGACUGAGUAGUAUCUAGAGGGCUUUAAGUGUGACUGAUUAGUUAAAACAAAGUAUAGCUAAAAAGUUUUAUUGAACAGAACUUCACUUCCUUCUGAAAAUUGUUAUCAAAUUUACAUUUUUUGAUGAACCUUUAUCUUUAUUUCCUGUUUUGAUUUGCUGCAACUUGAGAUCAUAUUAGUUGUGUAAACUGCAGUACAUUCUGUGCUUGUUGCAGAAUUUUUUUGUGCAUGUACUUGACACUGUAAUAAUGUAAUAAUAUUUAUUAUUAUUUAUUAUACUAAUUUACUUUUUUUUUCAGGUUUGGGUAAUCUUUAUUCCAAGAUAAUUAUUAAAAAUUCUGUUUUGAAAUUUUAAGAGUUCUGUGUAAAGAUUCUUGCAGUUUUCCUAGACUGGUAUCCUCACAAGUCAAAAACAUUUAUGAACAUUUUUAUUUUUUAUAUUUCAGUGCUUUUGUAACUGGAAUCAACACUGGUGAGGUAGGUUUUUUCCCCCUUUUUUGUCACUCAGUAAAAAUGUGCUGGUGCAGUCAGUAGAUGAUUCAAAUUUAAUCCAUCAGCCAAUUGUUGCUUUUGAAUAAUAUUGGACAUACACACACUAGUUAUGUUCCUGUUAUCAUUGAUGACAUGUAAACUGAUAAAUGGAAAUUAUAUCUUCACUUUUAAAUAAUGGACUAGUUUGGGACUGACUGUCCGACUAAUCAUUUUGAUUCACUUUUUUUUCAGGUUUGGGUAAGAAGAGGAGAUGGAUCUAAAACAAAGUUGUAUAUAGGCCAGCUACAGAAGGGAAAAUACAAGAUCAGAAAGACAUGA